UGUAUUUUCUGCCGAACAUAGCCACGGAUUCAGUACGUGAACCGUUUGGUUUUGGUUUUUACAUUUUAAACCCUAGCCUUGCUUUGGUGCGCCUCUCUCCGUCUCUAAACCCUACACUGCUUCUCACUCUUUCUUUUGUUUCCCAACCAGAUCAAAACCCCUGAAACCACCAACGACCUAGGCCCCAUUCAGAUUCCUCUGAACGACCACUUCUCAGGUCGCCAAACUUGCCUCUAUGGCGUACAUUUCCGUAACUAAGCUCCAUCAAUGGAAACCCAGGCUCUUUAUUUCUGGGGCUUCAAACCCAUCCUCUCUCAACUUCAUCCAGUCAUUCUCUUCAGUCGAUGAAUCGAUCUCCGCUGGUGAUCUGACCUCGAGCCCAAUCCCAGAAACUCCCGUUUCUGGUUCACCAUCCGAACCCGGAAACUUAACUGCAGCAGAAGCAGGAGAGAAGGCAAGUCCGAGGACCCCAAGAGGUAAGCUUCGAAACCCAGAAAAAAUUGAGGAUAUAAUAUGUAGAAUGAUGGCGAACCGGGCCUGGACGACCCGGUUGCAGAACUCGAUUCGAUCACUGGUACCUCAAUUUGAUCACUCGCUUGUUUGGAACGUUUUACACGGUUCCCGGAACUCGGAUCACGCUCUGCAGUUCUUCCGGUGGGUGGAGCGGGCAGGCUUGUUCCGGCACGACCGAGACACCCAUUUAAAGAUCAUUGAAAUAUUGGGUCGAGCUUCAAAGCUCAACCAUGCUCGGUGUAUCCUAUUGGAUAUGCCAAAGAAGGGGGUUGAAUGGGAUGAGGACUUGUUUGUUUUACUUAUUGAUAGUUAUGGUAAAGCUGGAAUUGUUCAGGAGAGUGUUAAGGUUUUUCAGAAAAUGAAGGAAUUGGGUGUUGAGAGGACAAUCAAAUCGUAUGAUGCUUUGUUUAAGGUGAUAUUACGGCGGGGACGGUAUAUGAUGGCAAAGAGGUACUUUAACGCAAUGUUGAAUGAAGGAGUGAUGCCAACGUGCCACACUUAUAAUAUUAUGAUAUGGGGUUUCUUUUUGUCUUUGAAGGUGGAGACCGCAAAUAGAUUCUUUGAAGAGAUGAAGGAGCGGAGGAUUUCACCUGAUGUGGUUACAUACAACACUAUGAUUAAUGGGUAUUAUCGUAUUAAGAAAAUGGAGGAGGCAGAGAAGUUUUUCGUGGAGAUGAAAGGGAGGAAUAUAGAACCUACUGUGAUUAGUUAUACAACAAUGAUUAAGGGGUAUGUUUCAGUGGGGCGAGUUGAUGAUGGAUUGAGACUGUUUGAGGAGAUGAAGUCUUUUGGUAUCAAGCCAAAUGCUGUAACAUAUUCAACUUUGUUGCCUGGGCUUUGUGAUGGAGAGAAAAUGCUUGAGGCACAAAAUGUGGUGAAGGAGAUGGUGGAGAGAUACAUUGCUCCUAAAGAUAAUUCAAUCUUCAUGAGGUUGAUAACAUGUCAGUGUAAGGCUGGUCAAUUGGAUGCAGCUGCAGAUGUGCUCAAGGCAAUGAUUCGGUUGAGUAUUCCAACAGAGGCUGGACAUUAUGGUGUUUUAAUUGAGAACUUUUGCAAGUCUGGAGUGUAUGAUCGAGCAGUGAAGUUGUUGGAUAAGCUUAUUGAGAAGGAAAUCAUUUUGAGGCCGCAGAAUUCUUUGGAGAUGGAAUCCAGUGGUUAUAACCUGAUAAUUGAGUACCUCUGCAACAGUGGGCAGACAUCAAAGGCAGAAACUCUUUUCCGGCAGUUGAUGAAAAAAGGUGUUCAGGAUCCUAUUGCCUUCAAUAAUUUGAUACGUGGGCAUUCAAAAGAAGGUGCUCCUGAAUCUGCUUUUGAAAUUCUAAAGAUCAUGGGUAGAAGAGAAGUUCCUAGAGAAGCAGAUGCCUACCGGUUGCUCAUUGAGAGUUUCUUGAAGAAAGGUGAGCCAGCUGAUGCUAAAACGGCGUUGGAUGGCAUGAUUGAGAAUGGACACAUUCCGGAUUCAUCACUAUUCAGGUCUGUGAUGGAAAGUUUGUUUGAAGAUGGAAGGAUUCAAACCGCAAGCCGAGUGAUGAAUAAUAUGGUGGAGAAGGGGGUGAAAGAGAACAUGGAUUUGGUUGCUAAGAUCUUGGAAGCUCUCCUCUUGAGAGGUCAUGUUGAGGAAGCCCUUGGACGGAUUGAUUUACUGAUGAAUAAUGGCUGUGAACCUGAUUUUGAUGGGCUUUUAUCUGUUCUCUGUGCAAAAGGGAAGACCAUUGCUGCUCUCAAGUUGUUAGAUUUUGGUUUGGAGAGAGAUUAUAAUAUAAGCUUUUCAAGCUAUGAGAAUGUGUUGGAUGCUCUUUUAACAGCAGGGAAAACCCUUAAUGCGUACUCAAUAUUGUGUAAGAUAAUGCAGAAGGGAGGAGCUACUGAUUGGAGUAGCUGCAAGGAUCUCAUCAGGAGCCUCAAUGAGGAGGGAAACACAAAGCAAGCAGAUAUUCUUUCAAGGAUGAUUAAGGGGGAGGAAAAAGUCCAUGGGAGCAAGAAAGGAAAGAAGCAAGCUUCAGUAGUCUCCUGAUUUUUGUUCCUUCUGAUUUUUCUGCCAUUCUUAGGUGAGGAUCUAUAUUCAAACUUUUCUUUAACAAUGAUGACGAGUAUUUCUUUUUGAGCAAAAUAAAUUGUAAGGAAUUCAAUGUAAUCUGGAUUUGUUCACCGUUUUGAAUCCGGGUUAUGUAAUGAUGUUUCUUCUAAUUGUGAAAAGAACAAUAUAGUCCAUUGACAA